AUGCAGAAGCUUGUCGGGCCAAAGGCUGCGGAGGAGGGAUCACAGGACCCGGUACAGGACUACGAAGCUAAAGGAAACAAGAAGGUCCACGCGAAGCCUUACGGACCUCUACGGUCACGGAAACCUUCGACCGGGCAGGGAACAGGAGCGAGCGGGUCCCAGGGCCUCACGGAGAGGCUCAACGCGGCCCACGUGAGAGGAUAG